AUGAGCGCCGACACGGACAGGUACGGCGGCGCGAGCCCCGGCGUGCUGCUUGCCUCUUUGCUGCGCGACAAGGAGGGGGCGCUCCCGGAGGCACAGACAUGCACAGACGUGGUCACGCUGCUCAACGCUCUGGUCGCGUGCUCCGGUAACCCCGCCGCGCUCGUCGACGAGCUCUCCAGCGCCGGCGUCGACGACGCGCUCACCGAGAUCGAGCCGCUCUUCUCCUCCAGCCCCGACCUCGCACUGCAGGUGCAGCCGUCUGGGAAGGGGACGCUGUGGUCCUCGCUGCCGAAGGCGCCCCCCAUCGACGAGGCGGCAGUGCGCGAGCGCUUCACAGCCACGCCGUUGCAGCGCUCCAACCAGAUCCAGAUUGCGCUCGCGAAGUUCAAGGGGCGCGGCAUCCUCGCCGCGGCGCCGCUCUCUCUCGAGCAGCGCGGCGCGUGGACGCCGUUCUUGUCUGGAGUGGUGUCUCUCUUGUGUUUGAAGGUGCUCGCGCUGGACGAGACGGUCCGCAAGCCGAGGGCGGCAUCGGACGACAUCGCGCGGCUGCGAGAGUGCUCGCCCAGUGCCGAGGAGGUCGAGAUGCUCUCUCCGUUCGGCGAGGACCCGCGUCUCAAGGAGACGCUCACGUUCGAGCAGCGGAAGAAGGACGCCGAGGCGCAAGUCGAGGCGAUCAACAAGGCGGUCCAGUGCCUGCGCGGCUCGAAGACGCUGCCUCUCCUCCUCGCGCUCGUGCUUCAGGCGCUCGGGAAGCUCGCUGAGACGAAGAGCACCGUCUCCGACGCGCGGCCCGCGCAGACGUCGCUGCUGCACUACGCUGCGACGCUCUCGUCCGCCGGCGUGGCCGAGGAGCUCGACGGGCUCUGCAAGGCGAUCGGCGAGCCUCUGUCGGAGCUCGACGUGCUCGGCAGCGAGCUCUCGAGCCCAGAGUAUGGCGGCAAGGGCGACGGGGUGGAAGGCAUGCUCUCCGGCCUGCAGCAGCUGCACGCCUACUGGGGCACGCGCGCGGUGCACAUGUCGCUCAAGCGGGGCGAGUUUGAAGACAUGAAGAAGCUGCAGUCCGAGCUGCAGACCAAGAUCCAGUCGCGCCGGACGUACACCGCGGGCGCCCACGGAGGCCGCUAG